UCACAAUAGCUGAGAGUCCAACACUCACCGCCCGCUUCUCAUUGGAAGCUUUGGCGGGAACACCCCCUCCCAACAUCAUAGAAUUGGCGGUUCAAUAUCCUCUUUGUUUCUUUGUAAAGGUUUCGACUUUCUCUUGCAACUUUCAAAACUGUAAACCCUAAUCCAAAACCCAUUCAGGACUCUCAAUUGCUGCGAAAAUGUCCGACAUCCCCUCUCAACUCUACCACCAAAUACUUCUUUCCCUGCCUGCAGAUUCCCUUUUCCGCUUCAGAAGUGUUUGCAAGGAAUGGUGCCGCCUCAUUGAUGACCCAUCUUUCGUCAAAGCCCACACCCAAAAUCAAAUCUCUUCAAGCACUCUUCUCAUAAAAAAAGACUCUGGUUCACCACCGUUUUAUCUGAUAAACUUUGACUCACUAGAAUUCGCGGAUGACUUGAACGAUGACGGCCAAAUGAUUGAAGUAAUUCCAGUGAAGCAAUUGGUUCGUCUUGGCGUGCCUCGCAUACAGAGUCUUCCGGUUAACUCAUGCAAUGGUUUAAUUCUUAUUUCUACUUAUGACCGUAACAAGAUUUGGGCAGUUUGGAACACGUUAACUCGAGACUGCCAUCAGUUGCCCCCGCCUGAUUGCUCUACUUUCACUUUUGCGGCUGCAGGUCUUGGGUACGAUCAUGUUUCUGAUGACUACAAAGUUGUUAGGCUAGACACAAAUUCUCGUGGUGGAAAGUAUGUUUGUAGAACUCUUGUUUACAGCUUAAAGUUGGGUUCUUGGAAGAGAAUUAAGGAUUGUCCUGAUAAUUUUAUUGGUCUUAAUCGUGUUAAUGGGUUUUGUGUGAAUGGGAAAUUGCACUGGUAUGCAUGUGAAAUGAUUAUCACUUUAGAUCUUGUUACCGAAGAAUAUGGCCACAUCCCUAUUCCUCCCAUAUCCUCCUCUAAAGAGAUAUUUGAAAUGUAUUUGGAUGCUAUUAGUGGGUUAUUAAUUUUGAGCUAUAGUUACUUAACAAGCUCGGGGUGUGACUUUGAUGGAUGGGUGUUGCAAGAAGAUGGAGCAGAAAACCCUUGGGAGAAAUUGUUUUCGUUUCACCUUCCCUAUUUUGAGUCACCCAAACUUGUAGCUUACAUGAAGAAUAAAAAGAAAGUUAUUCUGCAGCGCGACGAUGGUUUUUUUUGGGUUGAUAUUGAGAGCAAUUUAGUGAAGCAGGUCGCAUUUGAUGGCCUCAUAGUCAUUUCUUCUCAAGUUUGUCCUGGAAGCCUCUACCGCCUCGAUGAUCGUGGCAAUACUAGUAAACCCGUCUCAACAUCAACAGGAGGUGUGAAGAGGAAGAGAAAACAAAUAAAAAAGAGGACUAUUACAAGAUUGAAGAUCCUUAUAAGAAAUGAAAGUCAUUACUGGAGUCCAAAACGUGGUUUUGAUUCUACACUAGGUUUUUACGAGGUUGAUGAGUAUUGAGUACCCCAGUCCGUCUACCAUGCCUAUUUGAGAUGGAACCUAUCAUUCACAUGAAAUAAAUGAUGUUUAUAUUUUCUCAUGUGGCUUUGAGAAGAUGUUAUUUCUGAAUGGCAGAUUGAAGAUUCAUAUAAGAAAUGAAAGUUACCGGAGUCCUGAACCCGGUUAUGAUUCUUCCCUUGGUUCGUACAAGGAGGCUGAUGAGUAUUGAGCACAGUCUUUCUACCAUGCUUAUUUUGGAUGGAACCUAUGCAUUAUGCAUGCCUUUGCAAAUGAGUUUGAUUUUGUUAACUUUGAAAAGUUUCAGCCUUUAAAUUGAUGCGUUUUUUGAAUAUUUUCUAUUCAUGGUUUAUUGCUCUUUUAGUUUUAAUUCAUGCAUGAUCAUGAUGCAGCUUGCAAUUCAAUUACU